GUAGAGCUCCCGACUGGACGGUGUAAAUACACUGUAACCUGCGCGGCAUCUGGGUACGAUAGAUAGGCAGGGGUCUGUAUACAUCGUUUAGAUAUUUAUCGUGCUGUGAAUGAAACUACGCGUUUUAAUGACGACAGCACCUCCAGCUGAUUUUCAAACGCGGACAUGGCCACGGUGGACUCGAAUAAAGUCACUCACGUUUCCUCCGAAGAGGACAGACUUCUGUUUCCAGUGACUCACUAUGGUUCAAAUGACUGCAUGCAUGAAUGUAGCAACCCCAAAACAGAUGGCUGGAGAGGCGCUGACCAGGAAGAGGAUGCGUUGCGCAGGAAGUUGAAAUAUUUUUUCAUGAGUCCAUGUGAAAAGUACCAAGCCAAAGGCAGAAAACCUUUUAAACUGGUGGUGCAAAUACUGAAGAUUAUCAUAAUAACUGUACAGCUGGUGCUUUUUGGUUUAAGCAAUGAGAUGGCGGUGACAUUUAAGGAGGAAAACACAGCCUCAUUUAAACACCUGUUCCUCAAAGACUAUGAUAAUGAUGCAGAUGAACUUGCGGUUUACAAGCAGGCUGAUGUUUACGACCACAUAUUCUACACAAUAGAACAGUAUCUGGCUUUGUCGGAGACGACAGUGGGUCGAUACGCAUAUGUGUACAAUGUUGGGGUGAACGGGAGCGCGUUGUCUCUCUGUCAGCAGUAUUACAAAAAGGGCCGAAUCGACCCAGCAAAUGACACCUUCACCAUUGAUCCACAUGUGAACACAGAGUGUAUUGGAGUGAACCCAAUGACCAUCCCCACAGAAACUCUGGGCAGUGAUUACAGGAAUUUCACCCUCAAGUUUCACAAGCUUAUAAACGUCACCAUAACAUUCCAGCUGAAGGCUAUAAACCUGCAGACCAUCAUACACAACGAAAUUCCAGACUGUUACACUUUCUUCAUCACAAUUCUCCUGGAUAACAAAGCCCAUAGUGGUAAAGUUAAGAUCAGUCUUGAUAAUCAAGCCUCCAUUAAAGAAUGCAGGGAUCCAAGUGUGUCUGGACACGCUGAUAGCUAUGCCCGUGUGUUGUUUGAUGUGGCUGUCGCAGUGGUGUGUAUUCUCUCUCUCAUCCUCUGCGGUCGAUCAAUCGUCAGAGGGAUCAUCCUUCAAAAUGAGUUAGUGCAGUAUUUUAAAGACACCUUGAAACGCCACAUCGGUUGGAAUGACAGAUUGGAGUUUAUUAAUGGCUGGUAUAUUCUGCUCAUUGUCAGUGAUGUGCUCACCAUCACAGGCUCCAUCAUCAAGAUCGGGAUCGAACUAAAGAACCUUUCCUCCUACGAUGUGUGCGGGAUCCUUUUGGGAACAUCGACGUUGUUGGUUUGGGUUGGAGUUAUUCGCUACCUCACCUUCUUUCAGAAGUACAAUAUUCUUAUCGUCACACUAAGAGCCGCGUUUCCAAACGUGAUCCGAUUCUGCUGCUGUGUGGCGGUCAUCUACCUCGGCUAUUGCUUCUGUGGGUGGAUUGUGCUUGGACCCUACCAUGUUAAGUUUCGCUCUCUCUCACUGGUGUCUGAAUGUCUGUUUUCUCUGAUCAAUGGAGAUGACAUGUUCGUGACCUUCAGUGGCAUGCAGGAAAGCAGCAUGCUGGUCUGGGUCUUCAGUCAGGUUUACCUUUACACCUUCAUCUCACUGUUUAUAUAUAUGGUGCUUUCUCUUUUUAUUGCACUCAUCACAGGAGCUUAUGAGACCAUUAAGCAUCAAACUCAGGAGCCCAUCCACAUCACUGACCUGCACGCGUUCAUCGCCGAAUGCAAGGACACGCCCUGUUCAGGAAAGUUUCGCGGCAUUGAGACGUCUCCGUGCUCUUUCUUCUGCUGUUGUGACAGAACCACAACAUAUGAAGACGUCCUCUUGGUCAACUAGUGAUGCCAGGAGACAUGCAUCUCAUCUGCAUUACGGCACGUGGAUGAAAGACGGUGCGGGAAGCCCAAAUGGACCAUGAAGAAGCACACUGAAGAUUUUAGUAAACUGCCUAACUGUCUGGCAUAUUUAUAGUUUUACCUCAACUUUUUAAAGUUUCAUUUCAACUUAAUUCCAGAGUUUGAAUAUCUGAGGUUUUAAUCGGUGCAUAAACGAUGAUCCCGCUUUGCCAGUCUGUUUGCCAUAUUGUUAAAGUGGGCCAUCAUUCAUGUACUGAGAAACAUUGGUGCGUAACAGUUAAGGACACAUGGCUGUUUCUGUUGAUGUUUCUUUUGGGUAAUAAUUUUUAACGUGUUUGCUGUCAAGUGAAUUGCUCAGCUAGUGGAUUUUCGACAUCACACCUAAAUCAAGUGUGUAAGAGACCAGAGUGCUUUUGGAUUGUAAAAGCAGUCAGCAGAUGUGACGUGUCGAUGCGGCUAAAGGUCAUGGGCAAUUUGAGUCAGCUUAUGAGUAAACCUUUACUGUAGUAUUGUGACAGAAAGCUGUUGUCUCUCAUUCAGCACUUUGAGCAUAAACAGCACUUACCAUAAACUAAAGGGUUACUUUAUUAUAAUAAUUUAGCCUUACCAUCAUAACAAAUGAUCUCACACAAUGCCUCAAAACUGGCAUUUUAAAUAUUAGCCUUAAAACACUCUCCAUGUCUAUAUUUGCCUGUUAUUUAACGUGUCAUUUUUACCUCAUUGUUUGUCAUGUGUUUUGUGCAUAUGUAUGUGUGGUUUUGAUAUGCAAGUAUACCAAUGGAUUGUGAUUGUAAGACACAGUAAUGCAUUGUUUUACAUUAUUAUAUACAGUAUGUUGACCACUUGUCAGUUUGUGAAUGUUAAAUGCUUCAUAGAUUUACCCUCUGCAGUGAUAUUUUAUAGAGAAUAUAAAAAUUCAGCUUUGUUUUAAAGACGAAGGUUUUUGAGGAUCCAUCUACAACACCACUACAAGGUGACUUACUAAAACUAUACAAUUAUAUGUUAUGCAUAAACAAAACUUAAAGGGAUGGUUCACCCAUGUUCACCCACUCUCAUGUUGUCACAAACCUAUACAAAUUUCUUUGUUCUGAUGAACACGAAGGAAGAUAUUUUGAGGAAUGUUUGUAACCAAACCGAUCAAAAGCCCCAUUCACUUUUAUGGUAUAGAAAAAGAAUACAAUGGAAGUGAAUGGGGCUCAUGUUUGUUUACAAUGAUGAGAGAAUUUUCAUUUUUGGGUGAACUAUCCCUUUAAGUAUGUUCUAGAUGUGCAUUAAUAUAAUUUACAAUAAUGCAGGCAAUUUACACAAGCACAGGUCAAGUGUGACCAGUAAUGAUUUUAGCCAAAAGCUUUUUUACACAUGUUGUUUUCUUUUUUUGCGUUCGUUUUACUGUACACAAACAGUUAACUUAACUUAAACCAUUUAAGUAAACCGGUUUCAUUAGACUAUUUAAGUUUUAAAACACAUAAAUCUAAGUACUGUGAACUUGAGUCAUGUGCAAUUAUAUUUAACUAGUGUGAACUUUAAUAUGAGUGCAUAACUGCAUAUGACUCAAUUUGUUUAAGUUUACAGUACUCAAAUGUAUGUGUUUUAAAACUAAUGCAACCGGUUUACUUAAAUGGUUUGAGUUGAGUUAACUUUUAGGUUUUACAGUGUAGUAUUUUAAUCAUAUUUUUUUUUUUAUGUUGUGUCAGCUCUGUUGCUUUACAAGAAUGAAUAUAAAGCGCACAAACUAGUAUACUUUCUAGGACAUAUAAAGCUAAACAUUAUGGUGUUAAGAGAGGCUGCCACAAUAUCGUCACACUUUUAAAUGAUGCACAUUAUGUGUUUCAUAUUUUAAAUGCUGUAUAUUCUGUUGUACAGUAAUUUGCUCUUUACCGUUUGGGUCUUCAAAUCGAAAGAUUUUUUUCUCUUUAACUUGUCAUUGCACAUUUUACUUGACAGUUUAUAUUUGUAGUUGUAACACAACAUUGGUAUGUAUUAGUUAAUUCAAUACAGAGAUGGUCUUUAUAAUAAGAGUCUGUAUAAAUAUAAAGACUUCAAUUUUA